UUCCACGCCGUUAUUCCAGCCACGGGGACAGUUACUGUGGGUCUUUGGACGCGGACCUAUGGGCAGCCUACGCCUCGCCGCUGCUUCGUCCUGACGUGAUAUCGAUUCCAGGAUUCUAAUUGCUACUAAAAUGCCCCCAACGGCGAUCCUGGACACGCGCCAACGAGCGAGGUUUUGAUUUGACUCUCACCUGGAGUCGUCUCCCGAAAAUCGUGAUUCUGGAAGAUGAAGUAGCCGACCCGAACCAAGCAGAAGGCACCUAUAAGGAGUUACGCUAAUUGGUCGAGACAUUUGCAACUUACUCUGAAGGUUUUUAUUGAAGUCGUCGGCAAGGGGAUCGGAAAACUGAUUUGUCUUGUUCUUGACAAUCAUGGGAUAUUAUUGUCUAGCCUUUCAAAUCCCUUUAGGCUAACUGUUGCGAUCCCAGUCACUUGCACAGGAAAUAAGAUGAAGAGAAUGACUGGAAUGGAACGUUACACACAUGCAGACAGCUAAAUCUGGUGUUGUAAGAUCUGUGAAAGUAUUGCUAUUUUUCGUGAAUCUUUAUACACCAUCGACAAAGGUCGACGAGGGAAUUACUGCAAAUACGAAUUUGUUAUUCUCCAUUUAAAUAUUUACUCUACAUAAAUAGGUUAGGACCUCGAGCCUUUGGAGCGCUUGUUUGAUUUCCCCCCUUCUUUCUCUGUAGGCUACAGCUUAUGGCCUCUUGUGCACACUUAUUCAAUCCCCAAUCUGUUCACCCCUCUGGAAGACAAGGAAGGAGUUUAGUGUAUUUUGGCUUUGAGAGGAGAUUGUUGUGAUAUUUCAACAUCAUGGUAUCCAAACCUCCAAACCACAUUUUCUAACUCAGUUCACCCGUGGCAGCAACUCUUCUCAAAUUCCAAUCCUCUGACGGAAAUAUUCUUAACAUGACCCGUUCUCUCGUCUGGCUUUUACCAACUUUAUUUUGUCCGCGUGCCUGUGAAUUGUGCACAUGUUGUUAGUCCCCGGCGUCGUUACAUGGUGCCGGACAUUGUUGAGUCUCCACCUGAUGUUACGCAGCGCCGAUAUGCUGAAGAGCCGCUGUUGCGUUUUGUUCGGUGACCUGAAGGUGCUUCUGUUCAGGCCACCGCCGCCGCCGUCGGCUCCACCGCCACCCACACUCAACCCCAUGAUUGGACAAACGACGGAGCGCCGUGAGAGCGGAGCCCACUCGCAUGUCAAUAACAACACGUUAAUACGAGUCAAUCAGGCGGGCCCCUGGAAUGCCCCGCAGCUAGAGGGGGCUGCGGACACAGAGGGGGUCCGAGAAGCCCCGGUGUGGACGGAGGCGACAGCGGAGGCACCUACGGAGGCGUUUCAUUUCAGGGACUCCCCCGACGACUUCCCCAAGCGGGAGGAACGGUUCUCUCUCAUCAGUUGCACGAGCGGCCUCAGGACUCCGGUGUGCAGGAUAUGUUUUCAAGGACCGGAGCAGGGGGAGCUGUUGCACCCGUGCCGCUGCAGUGGCUCCGUGCGCAACACGCACCAGCCGUGCCUGAUCAAGUGGAUCAGCGAGAGGGGAUCCUGGGCCUGUGAGCUGUGCUACUACAAGUACCAGGUCAUCGCCAUCAGCACCAAGAACCCUCUACAGUGGCAGGCCAUCUCCCUGACGGUGAUAGAGAAGGUGCAGAUUGCGGCGGCCAUCUUGGGUUCGCUGUUCCUGAUCGCCAGCAUCUCCUGGCUGGUGUGGUCAUCGCUCAGCCCGUCGGCCAAGUGGCAGCGGCAGGACCUGCUCUUCCAGAUCUGCUACGGCAUGUACGGCUUCAUGGACGUGGUCUGCAUCGCUCUGAUCGUGCACGAGGGGCCGUCCGUGUUCCGCAUAUUCCACCGCUGGCAGGCGGUCAAUCAGCAGUGGAAGGUGCUCAACUACGACAAGUCCAAGGACGGCCAGGACGGCAAGGCGGCCGCCACCACCGAGAAGGCCACGGCCGAGUGGACGCUGUCCAUGCUGCACCAGCGGGUCGAGGCCGGCGCCGACGCCUCUCCGUCUCCGUCCACCUCCUCGCUGGUGGCCGCCAUCAACGCGGUGACGCCCACCGCGGAAACGGUCGCCAUGGCGCUGAUGGCGGGGGUGGAGGCGGCGGGGCGGACGGGGGCCGGGGUGGGGCCGGACUUGCAGAGCGCCGUCUCCCCGGGCAACGGGACGACGACGACGACGGGGCCCAACCAGCACUACGCGUACAACUUCCUCCAGAUGCUGAGCCACCUGAGGCCCGCGCAGGAGCCCCGCGCCCCGCCGCAGCCCAGCCCCAGCACCAGCAGCCGCGAGCUGGUCAUGAGGGUCACUACGGUCUGAGGAUCCACCCCGGGGCCUGUCUGGAGGAAUGGACACAAAAGAGAGAGACAGAACUAACGGGGCUCAGUACUCUUUCAAAAAAAAGGGACAAUUUUGAGAAAAAAAAAAAACUUCUGUGACUUCUUGUUUUUGUGUGUGCGUGCGUGUGUUUGCAUUGUUGUCAGCACGUGUGUGCGUGUGUGUGUGUGUGUG